CCUAACUUGGAGAUGAGGGAUUCAACAACGGCGAUUUCCGAUCUUCCACGAGAUAUGGUAGAGGAAGUGAUCUCUAGGGUUCCAUUAACAUCUCUUAGAUCAGUGCGAACAACUUGCAAAAACUGGAACAGUUUAUUCAAAACUCGGAGCUUCACAAAGAAGCACAUUCGUAAAUCAAGAGCAGCAACGAAGAAGAGAGAGUUUAUGGCAAUCACGAUGAUCGAUUCUAGUAUUUAUCUAAUGAGUGUUAAUCUCCGUGGAAUUCACAAUAACAACAACGUUGAGUCAUUUAUAAACCGAAAAGGUAAAUUUAUUAGCCUAAACAAUGUAGAUGGAGUUGAUAUAUCUAGCGUCUUCCACUGUAGUGGUUUGUUGUUAUGCACCACCAGAAAGGCUUGUGGUAUUGAACCCUUAUCGUGGACAAACAAGGUGGAUCCAACCCAUUGAUCACGGAGGCGACUGCAGGCGCAGGGACAUGUACACUUUGGGAUACGAGAAGAAGGAGAACUCGCGUCGUCGUUACCACAAAAUCUUGAGAUCUAU